GAAACCCUGAGAGGGUUUAACCAGACCACCAAAAUGGGGGGAGCAGGGAAGAUACUGAAAAAAGGAUUGGGAGAGAUGGGCUUCACCAGCGGCGGUGGCAACAUCAACUGGUUCCCCGGUCACAUGGCGGCCGCCACCCGCGCCAUUAAUGCUCGCCUUAAACUCGCGGACCUUGUCAUCGAAGUCCGUGAUUCCCGUAUUCCGUUGUCGUCUGCAAAUCAAGACCUUCAACCUCGUCUAUCCACCAAACGGCGUGUAAUUGCUCUCAACAAGAAAGAUUUAGCAAAUCCCAAUAUUAUGCACAAAUGGGUUGAUUACUUCAGUUCCUGUAAGCAAGAUUGUCUACCCAUCAAUGCACACAGCAGGAGCUCUGUUCAGAAGCUUCUAGAACUUGUCGAGCUCAAACUGAAGGAAAAAAUCGCAAAAGAACCUACACUCCUUGUCAUGGUGGUUGGUGUGCCUAAUGUCGGGAAGUCAGCUUUGAUCAACUGCAUUCAUCAAAUUGCAUCCUCUCGGUUUCCAGUGCAGGAGAAGAAGAAACGAGCAAAAGUAGGACCAUUGCCUGGUGUUACUCAAGAUAUUGCAGGAUUCAAGAUUGCACAACGACCUAGCAUAUAUGUACUGGAUACCCCUGGAGUUCUAGUCCCAUCCAUUCCAGACAUUGAAACAGGAUUAAAAUUAGCUCUAUCAGGAUCUGUGAAAGAUUCAGUUGUGGGAGAAGAACGUAUUGCUCAGUAUUUUCUUGCUGUUCUAAAUACACGACAAACUCCCCUUCAUUGGAGGAAUGUGCAUAAUAACAACACUCUAAAGGAAAUGCAAAAUGAAAAUGGAAAUGAUGAUAAACGUGACUACAAUCUUAAGGAUCUUUUGCCUAAAAGAAGAACUCUUCCUGUUGCAUCUAAUGUGCAUUACGUUGAGGGUGUUGCCAGAGAGGUGCAAUCUGCACUAUACUCGACUCUAUCAGAGUUCAAAGGUGAUUUGGAGGAUGAGAAUCAGUUGGAGAUUUUGAUUGAAGAACAGUUUGUAGCAUUGCAGAAAGCAUUGAAGAUCUCAAGUAAAGCAACAGAGGCGCGUACUAUGGUUUCUAAGAAAUUUCUUACAUUGUUUAGGGCGGGAAAACUUGGCCCUUUUAUCCUUGAUGAUGUUCCGAAUCUUGAAUCUUGA